AUGAAACAAGAUCCAGAAACAUCAUCAGCAGAUAGGAAAAUUCUUCCAAAUCCGAUAAAUUACCAAUCAUCAUCACGAGCAAAUAAUUCAAAAUUUAAAUUAUCAAAAUUUUCACAAUUUUAUUCCUUCUUUCAAAAACCUGAAACGGAGGUCAAGUUGAAUUUUCUCUCAAAAUUUAUUUAUCAGAGGAAAUUUACAACAAGAGCCUUGCUCAUCUCUGCAGUCUCAACUAUUGGAUUUAUUGGGUUUUCCUUUUUACCUUCCUCUUCAUUUGAUGAAACAGUACAAUAUUGGACCAAUAUUCCGGCAAUUAACAUGACAAAUAUAUUUAAAAGUAGAUUGUAUCACAAGAAGGAAACUUGUUUUAUAUAUAGAUUUGAAGCUCCUUAUCCAUAUGCUACAGAAUAUGACUUGACACAAGAGGAAUCAAAUAUGAGAAUGUUUUUCAAUGAAGAAUAUUUGAAAUAUUGGGAUGAUUUGACAACUGAUUUGAAUGUUAAUAAUAAUGAUAAGGAUUUAUUGGUACAUCCUCUUGAUUUACAUAUAUUCUCGAUUAGAAAGGGAAAACCAGUGGAUUUGGAAUAUUUAUGGUAUCUUUAUUUGCAAUUACAUUCCAUCAAGUAUGAUAGUAUAUCAGAUUUGAUAAAAUCCAAUAGAGUUUCUAAUGACCUAUUGUAUGAUUUGAAAAUUGCCUCAAACUUUGAUCAUGAACACAGAUACUUCACUCAGAAUUAUAUUGUAAAUGCCAACACUGAAAAUAGAAUGAGUCUGAACGAAAGAAUUCAAAAUAAUAUUCGCCAUCAAAACUCCAUAUCAACCAUGGACAGUAGAAAAGUCAAUGAGGAAUAUCAAGAACGAUUGAAAUCAAAAAAGGAUAUUUUAACACCACAAGAUUAUCAAAGAUUAUUCUAUACUGAAAAUAGAAAAUAUAGGUUUAGUAGUCUAUAUCAUAGAAAUUUUGUUGAUGCUCAAUUUUAA